CAGCAUGGUCAGAAAAACUAUACUUUAGAUUCUCAGCACAUAUCUGAAAAUGUCUACGUAUUACUGACUUGGUUCAAGCUUGUAGCGACUUGGAAUUUUUCACUUUAUUACAAAGUGCAGUUACACAUUUUACUUCAGUAUGCCUGUUUUACAUUUUCAUUGGUAAAAUAGUAUUGGAGGCCAUUGUCACGUCGAUUACCCUGGUUACCAUUUCUACGUGGGCACGAAACAUAUGGUUACUGCUUGGUUACUGCUCACUUGGUUACUGGUUACUGCUUACUGAAACAUAUGGUUACUGCUCACUUCUCGAUCGCUGCUUGAGCUGGCCGGUCGAGACUUUUGCUAUGCAUGUUGCCCCCUGGUAAUAGCAUAGCGGUUCUCGAAUUUAACUGGCGUUCUCAAUUAAGAAAACUGCCGUAUUCCAUCUUUAAAUUUGAACACCCUUGGUAAUUAUCGACAUCAGUCCUCCCAGUCACCAUGGACGUUCAGAACUGGUACCGAUUCACACGCUGCCAAUCUGGACAUGAAGAAGCAUACCUAGCCCGGUUUCUAUAUGACAUUGUUUACCGUAAACUAUCAAUUAAUUUCUCCACCGUCAUCCUCGCUAACUCCUCCCGUCAGAAAAUUCUUCCUCCCGCGUGGGAUAACCUCCCCCAUUCCGCACUGGUAAGAUAUCAGUCAUUUCUUGGUGACUUCACUAAUCAGUUAUCCUACGCAUGCAAGUAUGACCUUUGGGCUGCGCAUGACAUUGCAGAAUUAUUUACUUGGGGGUUAGCCGAAUAUGCUUUAAGUGUUCUACGCUGUACGUCUUCUAAGCAGAAAUUUUUUAACAAAAAGCGAAGUAAUGCUGUUCCUUCCGAACUCCUGUCUCACCUAUCUUCUGUCACUCGCGAAAUUAAUAAACUCAAGCGGAAGAAGCGCCGCCUUAGGGCCAAUAACCGUGAGUUGUCUUUCGAUUAUGCCAAUAACCUAAGUCAACUAAAAGUAAUUAAAAAAUCUCUGUCUGAAAAAGUUUUGCAGUUCCGAUCAUCAGCCGAGCGGAAAGAAAACGACAGCUGGUUUCGCCGUAAUAUGUUCAGUUUUAUUAACAGUAAGCUUAAGCACGGUAACAACACCUCGAAAAGCGCACUUAAAACCAGUGAUAUCGAAGACUAUUUUAAAAAGGUUUGCAAUCCAUCCGAGUUAGCGCCCCUUGACUGCUCUUGGUUCAGUAAACUGAACAAAAAACCGGUGACUGUGGACUUUAACUCGUCCGAUAUUCAGCCUUCCGAUAUUGAGUAUAUUCUAAAGGAAAAAAAACUUUCGUGUGGAUCUGGCCUGGACGGCUUAAACUAUGCUUUUCUGAAACCUUUCCCAAUAAUUCAUAGAUUCCUUGCUUUUCUUUUCAAUAAAAUUUUAAAAUCGGGAAAGCCGUGUAGGUCAUGGCAGACAGGUAAGACGAUUCUUAUACAUAAGAAGGGUGAUGUAAAGUCAGUCGAAAACUAUCGCCCCAUCACAUUAACCAGCUGCGUAGGCAAAAUUUUCCACUCUGUUAUUUCUAAGCGAUUAAUGACUUUUUGCAUAAAAAACGGUAUAAUCGAUACGGAUGUUCAGAAGGGCUUCAUUGAAGAAAUGAACGGAUGUGGUGAACAUUCGCUGAAACUCACGAAACUGAUCGAACAGCAGCGCGCAAAAAAACGUGCGAUGCAUGUUACCUGGCUAGAUGUAGCCAACGCAUACGGCUCGGUAAGGAAAGAAGUUAUGCUGGCAGCGUUGAAGCACUACGGCAUCCCUAAUGAAAUCGUUAAUUAUAUUAACAACUAUUAUACCGGGCUCUCUAUUAAAAUUCAAAAUAAUGAUUCUUUUACUAGUGAGAUCCCGUUUAACGUAGGACUGUUCCAGGGCGAUACAAUGAGUUGCGCGCUAUUUUUGUUAAUUUUCAACCCUGUUUUGGAAUUUAUUGAAAAUAACCAGAAACAUGGCAUAUCUUUUAAUAGUUUACCGGACAAAAAGCUAGUCGCACUUAGCUUUGCUGAUGACCUAACUUUAAUUGUAAAAAACAAAUCAACCAUGCAGCGCCUGUUGAACGAUGUCGAUAGCAGGAUGAAUUCACUGGGUUUGAGAUUACAGCCGAGUAAAUGCCGAAGUUUUUCAUUAAAAAAGGGUGUGUCUACUGUAUCGGAAUUUUCAAUUAAAGGUCAACGCAUAACAAACAUUUCAGAAGAACCAAUGAAGUUUUUGGGAGCUUGGAUUUUUGAAAAACACCAGUCAACAUCUGCUGGCAGUAAGCUUUGUGAAAUUUUUGAUGACUUUUUGCAGCGCAUUGAUAAUCUUAAUUUGCGUAAUACUUUUAAAAUUAAAAUUUAUAAAGAUUAUAUGACAUCCUGUGUCCGGUUUCUUCUUACUGUUCAUGACUUAAGUCUGUCCGUUGUCGACCAAUUGGAAAGUAAAGUCAAUAAAUACAUUAAAAAGUGGAUCGAUUUGAGGGAUUUUACCAACUGCGACUAUUUUUAUUCCUCUGAUGGCCUAGAUCUGAAGUCUGUUAAAGGAAUUUAUUUGCAAGCUCAUGCAGCCUUUCUCGCGGAUGCCAUUUGUUCUACUGACACUGUUGUUUCGGUAAUUGCAUCCAAUUCCUUGGAAAAAUCCUGUUUAUCAGAUACAGCUAUUAUAGGCAUUGUUAACAAUACUGUAGAGGCUGGGAAAGAGGCCGGUAUAUCAAAAGGUAAAAUUAGGAAGUUAGUGAGUGCGAAAGUCCGGUCAGAAAUGACAACGAGGCGCGAUAACAGGUUACGUACACUAGUUCAGCAGGGCGCGUGGAAGGCGGUAGCUGAAGCGCAGGCAGUGGAUACUUUCUGGAAGUCAGUUCUAUAUAACUUACCAGAGAAGACCGUCUCUUUUAUGGUCAAGGCAGCUCUCGACAUUGCUCCUUCUUUCACUAAUCUUUGCAAGUGGGGCAUGUCUAUUUCAGCUAAGUGUGAUCUCUGUGGUGGGGAAAGCGGUACUCUCUGUCAUAUUCUUAAUUGUUGCCCUAUCGCUCUCUCUGGUGCACGCUAUACCUGGCGACACAACAGCAUUCUUAAAGCUAUUUUCAACUGUUUUACCAGUGCGGCUGUGAAUGCAGAGGUUACAGUCCCCUUCGAGUCUGAACAGGGAUUCAGCAACGCCGACAAGCGAAAGAAGGAGCGCUACUCCCGCCUGUGCAGAGACCUGGACGUAGCAGGGUGGACAGUUGAAUACCAUCACCUCGCCAUCGGAAGUAGAGGGAUGAUUCCCUCUAAAGCCGUGAAUGCCAUGCACCGCAUCGCCAACACGGUAGCCGUUGGAGGAAAAUACGUGAAAGCCAAACAGCUGCCAGAAUCGCUUGCCUCUAUCGCCCUUAGUUGUAGUUACGUAAUUUUCCUGAAUAAAUCAAAUGUUAACUGGGCAGUACCGGGCCCAAGCGAACUGUUUACGUAUUGAUAUGCUUUCCUUCAUGUCCAGUCGACCUCAGCACGGUCGAAAACGAUGCUGUCCUGUUUACAUUGUACCACUGCACUUCUGAUGUCGAUAAUUGGCUGGUGCGAUGUUCUCCCACCUUACCUUUAUUGCGCACUGUUUUAAUUAUAUAACUAUAAUAGCAUUAAUAUAGAAUUACGGUUGCGAAUUAUAGGAGUACAAUGACAGGCGAUUACGUGCGUAAGUGUCUAUGCUUUCCCUUUUUCCCACAGGAAAACUUUUCAAUUCCUUAUUAAAUUUUUUCUUUCCUUAAUAUUAACUUUAGUAAUAAAGUUUUCAAGAGUUAGUUAUUUUUACGUGGGUUUUGGGUUUUAUGCAUAGACCCCAGCGCGAUCGUCUACCUGACACACUUAUUUUGUUACAUCUUCGCAACCGUAAAUGAUUUAAAUAGCGCCACGGGCCUGCGUGCCUGCGAAUCUUAACUUUAUAAUUAUGUAAUAGGGAAAGG